AAGUGCAUUACUGAUCAUUAAUGUAUUUAAUAGAAAGUUUGUUGUCAGCUAAUAUGGCAAAUUCUUUGCUUCUAUUAGGCCUAACGGCCAUAAUUUGCACAAGCAGCAUCAGUCCCACUCAAGCCUCUUCACAGCCCAAUAUUAUUUUUAUAACGGGCGAUGACCAGGGCUAUAGAGACAUAGGCUACCAUGGUUCGAUUUUCAAAACUCCAAACUUGGAUAGCUUGGCUGAAGAAGGUGUAAAGUUAGAAAAUUACUACGUUCAAGUUUAUUGUACACCGUCGAGGGCUCAAUUCAUGACAGGCCGAUAUGGGAUCCGAAUGGGAAUGCAACAUGGCGUUUUAGAUCAAGAUCAGAAGGCCUGCUUACCUCUGAAUGAAACGACGCUAGCACAAAAGAUGCAAGAAGCUGGUUACUCCACCCAUUUGAUUGGCAAAUGGCAUCUCGGGCUCUACCGCGAAGAGUGCCUGCCAAAUAACAGAGGAUUUGAUACAUUCUUUGGUUUCUUGCAGGGAGCAGAAUAUUACUUCUCUCACGAUACCCCCAAGGGACAAUUAGAUUUUCGUCGUAAUUUUGAACCUCAAUGGCAAUACAACGGAACGUAUCCGACAAACCUCUAUAACGAGGAAGCAGUCGAUCUCAUAAACAACAAAGACCCAGAUAAACCAAUGUUUAUGUGGUUAUCUAACCAAGCCCCCCACGCUCCACUUGAGGUUCCCGAACACUACUCAGAGCCUUAUCGUGAUAUUAUUAAGGAUGAGCAACGUAGGUCGUAUGCCGGUAUGAUGGCCUGCCUAGACGAGGGCGUCGGUAACGUGACAGAGGCACUCAAAGCUAAUGGAAUGUAUGAUAAUACAAUUAUCAUAUAUUCAAGCGAUAAUGGUGGUCCAGUUUGGGAUGGUUCAUACAACUGGCCUCUUCGUGGAUACAAAGGAUCCUUGUUUGAGGGCGGCACCCGUGCUAUCGGCUUUGUGCAUAGUCCACUCCUCUCCGACCACGUUAAAGGAACCGUUAAUAAGGAACUGAUUCACAUCAGCGAUUGGUUACCGACGUUGGUGGAAGGCAUUGCCGAAUCAACCACGCAAGGGACACUGCCACUAGAUGGUAUAAACCAAUGGGAUACAAUAAGGAAUGGAAGUCGUUCCAGUCGUACCGAACUUUUACAUAACAUUGACCCACUUGUAGUAUUAUCUGAGGGAGGUGAAAAUUGGACAGACAGCCCUUUUAACGUCAGAAUGAAGGCUGCCAUCCGUCUUGGAAACUGGAAACUGCUUACAGGGGAUGACGGUGAAGCUGGGUGGUACGCACCCCCAGAUACCAACUAUACUACAGAAGAAGGUGACAAGGGUGACAUUGUUCGACUGUACGACGUCAAGGAGGAUCCUGAAGAACGUAAUAAUCUCGCUACAAAACACAAGCCAUUAGUAUAUUAUAUGUUGGAGAAACUUGCACGCUACAACCAAGAAUCAAUCGAACCAAUUUACGGGGAUCACUAUCCGGAAGAAGCUGACCCUUGCAAAAACGGAAAUAAUUGUGUUUGGGGUCCAUGGGCUGAUGAUGAAUAAAUAAUAAUUAUAGUAAUAACUGAACCUUUAGGAGAAAAUUACCCAAGCGACGCUAAUUCAAAAUAAAGAAUUCUAAA